UACAUGGCACAAUCACAUGACUCGUGCGUGAACACGAAUUUGUUGGCCUGCAGCUUCCGAGAACCGAUCGAGCUUGUUUGAUCCAGCACUAUAAAACCCCUCUGUAAGCCCAUUAGGCGUGGGCUUGCGACUGGGGCAUGGUGGUGGAUGGUGGUGUGCAUUUUGGUUCCUUAUUUUCUACACAUGUGUUUGGCUGAAGGAGGAAGCCUAGUUUAGUUUGGCCUUGUCCAUGUGCAAGAUUCUAUGUUCUUUACUUUGCACCAUCACCACCACCAUUACUUCACACCAAAGGGUCAGUGGUCUGCAUAGUCUUGUGAAUCGACCUCCUCUUCUCUUGGAAGUGACGAGCCUUCACCAUGAUGUAUGGUUUGGCGGAUUUCCUUGGCAUUUUAUGUAUGUACCACACACCAAUGACAGACUAUUAGCACCAAAUUCUGAUCCUGGUACGGAGACGUACAUAGUGGCUAGUGUGGCAACCAACCAAAUGGUGGAGAGUGGCAUACUGCAAAUGGAUUCUGACGCGGAGGAUGAUACCAUGGCCUUUUUUCACAUGGAUGACUCACAGAGAAUUAUUCAACUGGGUGAUUAUGACAUGAUUGUGAAUGCAUUUCAUACCAGAGAUGAUGGGAAGAGUGAGUUACAGAUUGUAUACAGAGUGAAUCCUCCAGUCAUGAAAACAAAGCUUCAAGGAGAAAAAGAACAGAUGACAAAUUGGGAGACAACGUUAUCAGGUCGGAGAGUGAGUACUCAAUGGCGGAAACAGCUAAGAGUACGAAAUAAAAUCAGAGAUGUUAAUUAUGACAGUGAACUUGACUUCUUGUUGGUGACAUUUGUAACAACAGCUGGCUAUUCACCUGUGGGAGCUAACGGAAAAGUAGGAAUCCACUGUAACCAGACGGGCCGGUUGCUGAAGAUGGCAGACCUGGAUACUGUGGAUUGUCAUGUACCUCAUGGGCCAACCUUAAUUGAAAUGGACAUGGACUUCAUGAUACACAUCUAUGAAAAUGACCCUCGUGGUAAAGUGACUUGUACUUUGUACAGACUUCAGCGUCCUGUUGAAUGUGUAGGACAGGACAAAGCUACACAGUCAUACGCAGCGAGACAUAAAGAGUCAGGUUCAUCAAGGCCAAAAUGUGCUUAUCACUAAUGGUAAUUCAAAUGGUAGGUUAAUAACUCACAGGAUGUAUUGAAAUAACUCGUAUGUCAUGCCGUCUUCAGUGAAUACACUAAAAGAAAAGUUAUGUUUCCUGGUCACAAAUGUUCUUCGGCAAAUUUAAAACCCAGAAUUCCAUUGUUUUAAUCAUAUAUAUAUUUUUUGGCAGCAUCAAGAAUAAAAUAAGAUUUGGUGAUUUGUAACUCUUGAUAUUUUUGCGAUGAUGGUUUUCACAUUUGAUGUCAGCUCUAACACAAAUGUUGGCAGUCCAAGUUGCCCAGGCUUCUAUUCUCCCAUGUACUUGUUUUCAUAACCAAAAUUAGCAUAAUUGUGAUUUGAUCUAAUGAAAUGAGUCUUAAGGACAGUAGGGUACUUCUAAAAGGGGCCAAAGUGUGACCUCCCCCAUCCCCCAACCUCCGUUCGGCCACUGACGAAUGUUUUAUUACUAGUAAAAAGGGGGCAAAAACUUUUUUAUAUCUGUUUUUUUUUUCUCACAUAAAUUUAUUGUUAGUUUCUUUUAUUUUUAUCUUCUUAAAAUACAUUAGACUCAAUUUUGGGCACACAAGAGUUACACAGGGAACUAAGGGUCAUUGUAGUUUUUGACGUUUCCUUUCAUUUUAAUGUUUUCUUCAUUUCUUAAUUUAAAAGUUAUGUUUUGUUUUUGUCAUUGUAUUGGUAAUAUUUACACUUUUCUUUUGGUAACUGCUGUCUGGGUUAAGCACACUAACAUCGUGUGAAUGAAUGUGCCGAAUUGUGCUCCUGGACACAAGGAAAAAGCUGUAGCACAACGUCUAACUAAUGUACUAACCACAAGUUAUAAAUUGAUUGAUAUACCAGUAAUUCAGUCUCUGAAUGCUGACAUUCGGCAGUAGCUGAGACGAAUUCAGUGUGUAUUGACCAAUAUUCUUGACCAUGUACUCAAAUAGGUUGACCCAGUGGCGGUUCUGGGGGGGGGGGCUUUAUUUGUCUAGGCCUCCCCCCCCCCCAAAAAAAAAACUCCAUAAAAAAAAAAUGCACUAGCAAAAUGUAAGAAUUUGACUUACAUGGGAAUGUUCUCCACCUAAAUGAGAAGGGUGCAUUUGUACACUUUUAGUUAAUAGAGUGUGCCUGAUUGCAGGAUUUCAUCAGCACUCCCCAUUGAAAAUAUGGCACGAGUAUUGAAAAUAUGGCACCAUGUAUUGAUUUUCAGGGGCUUAAGUGUCCUUAAGUGUGCCUCAUGUGUACGGGUUUGUUCACAAUUAACUAGGUUGACUAAAUAAGCCUUAUUAACAAGUCCGAUGAAGUAACCCUAUAUCGGGUUUUGUUUAUCAUUUAUCAUACAUCAAAGAAUGUCGCUGCCAAGGUUCAUGACAUUAUACCAGUUUGCACACUUGAUUGUCAAAGGGAGGGGACUGUACUAAUGAGUUAUCACAUGUUGGAGUGGAACACAUAAUGCGGUGCAUCUGUGUCCCAUGAGCCAGGAGGCAGGCUGAAGGCUGAACGACAUAUGCAACACAAUGCAACACUAGUACUAGUCCGUAUUCCACAAGUGGGAUAAUGAAUUUAUCUUCAAGCAAGGAUGGAACACACAUGCUGUAAGAACCUUUCAGCAGUGUUUCUAUUACACAUGUAUGCAGCAGGAAUAUCAUGUGCAGCCUGAAAUGGCAUGAUACAUAGAUUGCAAUAUUGAAUUGCAUCAACCAACCCGGGAUUUAUGUUUGCUUGAAGAUAAACACGGAACUUGAAUGGUUCCCCGACUCGACCCACAACCCCCAAGGGAAAGAAGGGGAAAUAACCUUUAAAAAAAAAAUGCAUGUGGAUUUGAGCUGACAUAGCUAAGAAACGUAUCUUUUAAAGAUGUCAUCCUACAUGUAGUUUGCUAGUAAUAUCAGUUUAAAAGUCGGUGAUGAAAUAUGUAUCAUGAGAAAAAUGAAUAUUGGUUUUAUCCCCAGCUGAUUUGUCCCCGACUCGACCCACAACCCCCAAGUGAAAGAAGGGGAAAUAACCUUUAAAAAAAAAAUGCAUGUGGAUUUGAGCUGACAUAGCUAAGAAACGUAUCUUUUAAAGAUGUCAUCCUACAUGUAGUUUGCUAGUAAUAUCAGUUUAAAAGUCAGUGAUGAAAUAUGUAUCAUGAGAAAAAUGAAUAUUGGUUUUAUCCCCAGCUGAUUUGUUACAUAGUUGUAGCCAAAUGUUAACAAAAUUUGGUGAUAAAUAUAGGACUCACUUCACACAUUGUCUUACCAAGUGUAAA